AUGAGCAAAUAUGUAAGAAAGUUAUUGGACACGGUAAAUUUAACUCAAGGCACUUAUGCAGUUGUGAUAAGUAUCAUAAACAAAGAAAUAGGAGAAGAAGUUGCGGUAAAAAAAUUUAAUGAAUUUGAAGCAAAUAAAGAGGCCCGCAAAACAGCACGCCGCGAAAUAAAAAUUCCCAGAAUGCUAAAGCCUGAAAAAUAUAUCCAGCUAAAAGAAGCAUUUCUUCAAAGAGAUUUCCUUUUCUUGUGCUAG